CUACGUCAUCAGUCAGCUCCGGGAGGACCUGUGAGUCUCGCGGUGGCUACCGCCUCAACCGCACCAGUAACACAUCAAAACAAAUCGCAGUACAGCCUUAGUUUAGGUAGGACCCCUCCAACAAAAGCAUCGGACGGCGUGGCGAUACACUUGUGUUGUCACUCGUCUGAAUGUAUGAAGGAAAAAUCACACGCAUUUUCCACUGACGAGCUUUUUAUACAACCCACACUGGUUGUUAUCAGGCUCAACGAUGUCCGACGCUAGUGACACUGCUACAGACAACAACGGAGACUCUGGGCUAAACGGGUCCUGGGUGGAGUUGGAGAUGAACAGAGGCGCUACAGGGACAACCCAGUCCCCUUCCACAGUUAGUCCUGCUUCAGGGCUGUUGCCCCUUCCUCAGGUGGAAGAAGAGGAGGCCAUGGUAGGGGCACUGGAGCACGUGCCAUCCUCGUCUUCCAUCCACAACGGUGACAUGGAGAAGAUCCUGCUGGAUGCCCAGCAUGAGUCAAGCCGAAGCAAUUCUUCCUGUGACAGUCCUCCGCGGCCCCACACUCCGCAAGAUGAAGGGCAGAUCAUCUUCGAUGUGGACGUGACCAGCAGACGAGACAGUCAAGUAAGAGCUCACAUAGAAGAGGAUGUCUUGGACAAGGAGAGGGAUAUGGACAUCCUGAUGAAGGACGCAGAUUGGGUUGCUGACUGGUCUAGUCGACCGGAAAACAUUCCUCCUAAGGAGUUUAAUUUUUGUCACCCUCGACGCUCUGUGACGCUCAGCAUGAGGAAGACGGGUGCAAUGAAGAAAGGAGGCUUCUUCUCUGCUGAGUUCCUCAAAGUCUUCAUCCCAUCACUGCUGAUUUCACACAUCCUUGCCCUUGGACUUGGAGUUUACAUUGGGAAGAGGAUGACCACGCCCCCCACCAGCUCCUUCUGAAGCUGAAACUGAAGAAAAGUGCCUGAGAAGUAGCCUGGAGCCAGAGAAAGUGUUGCUGUCAUUUGAAGAGUUUGUCCUUCUUCUCCCCUGCUUGCCCCCUUCCUCCCCUCCUCCUCGCUGAGAUAUGACAUGUUCUCAGGAGCAAUGCAUUGCGCCCCAUCAUCCUCAGCCCCGCCAUCUCUCUUUUUGACUGGCUUUUCUGACACUAGAUAGCCAAUCCCUUUAUUUCCACUCAUUUGUAAACGCUUUUCAAAGAGUGCAAAGGCUAUAUACAUAGGCUUGUUUUAGAUGGGUGACAUUUCUUUCAGAAAAGACAGUAAAUGGAAAACUGGGUGUGGGCAAGGGUGUGCAAGCCACAUGUGUGCUGACAGUGUUUUGAGGUCGGGUCUAUAGGGCUACAGUGUUGCAGAGUCCAGAAAGGUUCAGACUGUGUCAGUGUUCUUUCAGUUGAACAGCUUUGUGUGCAACAUAUCGUAAGAGCUCAUCGGGUCCUGAAUGCAGGACAGUGCUUUGCUGUUGGAUUUCUUUUGUCUUUUGUGUCAGUUUUAAGUUACCUGAUAAAAUUUGGCACCAACAUAUAUGGUCAAAAAUGUAGAUGAGAGUUAAGUUUUGAACAUUUAGUUCAGGUGUUUCUCGAAAAAUCUGCGUUUAAAAAACGUUGAGACUUUUUUUCAUUCAUAAAAGCAUUAUUUUUUAUGUCUCAUUUAUCUGGGUAACAGGUUCUGUUGUCGUACACAAACCUGUUCUUUGUCGUUGUGACAAAAAAAAAUGCACCAAAGCCUUCCUGAAUUUGGGCACUAGUUCCUGCUAUGUCUGAUCAACAUGGCUGCCACAUUUAAUUAUUUCACUUACCAAUGCCCUACUCCGUUUGUGAUUGCAGACACAUGACUGACACAGAACAAAGCUUUAUUUGCUACCUUCUAUGGGUGAAUGGGAGGAGACUGGGGUCUUUCUUGCCCAGUACUGAACUUUGACCCAUCAUCUGAAUGCCAAAUCUGUGGCACGUGGUCAUGCAGUGUAGACAAAAUGUUGAGCAUUUAUUAGAAAGAGGUGUUUGAUGACUCUUUGAAGAGAUGAGAGGCUAAAGUGUUCCUCUGUUUAGUAAUCUUGUUUCAUUUAUUUAGUACUCUUAACAACAAUGUCCCACCAGGUUAAUUGUGAUUUUUUUUAAAUAACAGCUAUUUAGUUAGCAGAGUGGUGAAUUUGAUUUAGCUAUCACCGUAUUACCUUGAGUGUGAAUAUUCUGCUAUUUUUUUUUUAGUUUUUAAUACUUCUGCUCCUGUGUAUUUGUGCAGCAGUCAGAAGGCUCAUUAUGCCUCCUUUUUUUAAAUAUGAUCAUGAGUCGCCUUAGACAUUUUCCAAACUAAAAAGCGUUGCGUUGACUGGUCCUGAUAUGAGAAGGAACUUGGAGAGUGCUCUCACACUGAGAUGGUCUAACAUUAAUUAUUGUGAUACAUUUGCUUUAUUUUACUUCUCCUAUUCCAUUCAACAAAUGAUACAAAUGUUGUCAUUAAAGAUAAUCUGAAUGACCA